GUGACAGGGUCAUUUCUUAAUGGAAGACAAUGAUAAAAACAAUAGCAGUGCCUGCCCGAAAAGGAACGCAAAUACAACAACAACAAACAUGGCUGCGCCCAUGUGUUUCGACGUGGAAAUCAAAACAACGGAUGCUAAGAAGGGAAGAGGACUUUUUGCAAAGAAACAGUUUAAAGAAGGAGAUGUGAUUUUGGAGGAAACCCCACUAGUCAGUUGCCAAUUUGCCUGGAAUGAGUUAUACAAGUACAAAGCAUGUGAAUACUGUUUACGGUCCUUGGAGACUGCGGAGGCAAUGUCACGGCGACUGACUGAAAAUCCUAGUGUUGUUUUACCACAUCCAGAAUGCUGUGAAGUUCGACAAGAUCAAAUUGUGACAUGUCAGCAGUGUGGAGUUAUAUAUUGUAGUGAGGAAUGUAGAGAAGAGGCUUGGAAUAGCUAUCAUAAAUGUUUGUGUCUUGGUCCAGCAAGAGAGGAUCCAGACCAUCCAGUGAACAAACUGAUGGAGGUGUGGCGGAACAUGCACUAUCCCCCUGAGACAGCCAGUAUCAUGCUCCUUCUUAAAAUGAUUGCCAUGGUUAAACAGGCAGAAGAUCCGAGUACAGUGCUGAGUGACUUCAGUCAGUUUGUACAGGUUACUGUGAAUGAGGAGGAGCAUGCUGUCCAUAAACUGUUAGGAAAACAAUUCCAGGAACAACUUGAACUUAUUCGAAGUAUGGUUGCAGAACUUUUUUACGAUGACAGAAUUCAACAGUGGCUGACAGGAGAUGGUUUCCGGUCUGUGUUUGCUUUAAUGGGAACCAAUCAGCAAGGCAUUGGCUCCAGCUCUAUCAGUGUAUGGGCAAAGAACUGUGAUGAUUUAGAGUUACCAGAAGAUGAGAAAGUUGUGCUAGAUAAGUUUAUAGACCAGCUAUACGAUGAUUUAGAUCGAGUGUCGGACACAUUUUUGAACUGUGAAGGUGCUGGCUUGUACAAGCUACAGAGUGCUUGCAAUCACAGUUGCUCACCAAAUGCUGAGAUAGCAUUUACCAAACAGAACCAUACACUGUCAUUGGUAGCAUUAGAAGAUAUAGCCCCAGAACAGGAGAUUUGUAUAAGCUAUCUAGAUGGCUGUGAUAAAGAGAGGAGCAGACAUAGCAGACAGAAGUUAUUGAGAGAUAAUUACUUGUUCACCUGUGCAUGUCCAAAGUGUUUAUCACAAGCUGAUGAUGAAGAUGUCACGUCUGAAGAUGAUGAUGAUGAGGAAGAGGAUGAAAAUAUGGAUAAUGAUUAAAGAACUUCGUUACUGUAGUGUUGUUUCUGCUUUGUGAUAUUAAAAGUAUACCCUAUACAGG